CUGUGCACACAGGAGAUCGACCUGUGCGACUAGACAUGCAUUUCUACUAUGUGGGGGACCACACGUGGGCGACCAUGUUGGGACAGAGCGUGCGGUUGCAGCCGGUGCCUAUCCAGAGCCUGUCGGAGCUGGAGCGAGCCAGGUUACAGGAAGUCGCCUUGUACCACCUGGAGGAGCGGGACCUGGACGUCAAGAUCAGCAUCCCCAGAGAAAUACGCAAACGGAGAAAAUCUCUGCGCAGGAAGUUUGACUCGUUUUCAAAGGAAAAGAAAGAGCGAGAAUCCGCUCCCAAGGCGUUCGGCAUCCCCCUCUCCCAGGUGAUCGCCAACGACCGGGCGUACAAGCUGCGGCAGGACGCCCUGAAGGAGAGCAGGCGCGACUGCCUGGACCUGGAGGCCAGCAUCCUGCGCUUCCGGGCCGAGAAGCGGCAGUUCUUCAACGGGAACAAGCCGCUGGUCGGCUCCUCGUCGAUCACGGGCGGAGGAGGUCCCGGGUCACCCUCCGCCAACUCGGUGGCUCCGGCGCCGAUUUUUGAAAACCAGAACAAACCGCUGUCGCCCACGUUUCUGGAUAACACCGGCCGAGGACAGAGGAGGGGGGGUCUGUCGGUGGACUCCAUCUCCGACCUGGUGGAGAGUCAGUCCCGCCUGCUGGAGGCGCUGCAGCUCUCCCACCCGGCCGAGCUGGAGCUGAAGAAGGCGGCGGGCGGCGGCUCGUCGGAGGGGAGGACCCAGAACAAGCUCAGCCUCAACCCCAUCUACAGACAGGUGCCCCGCGUGCUGGAGAGGUGCUGCAGUCACAUCGAGACCCACGGUCUGCAGACUGUGGGGAUUUUCCGAGUGGGAAGCUCGAAGAAGAGAGUGAGACAGCUGCGGGAGGACUUCGACGUGGGGGUGGACGUCCAGCUGGACGAGGAGCACAGCGUCCAUGACGUCGCAGCGUUGCUCAAAGAGUUUCUGAGGGACAUCCCUGAUCCUCUGCUGCCCAGAGAGCUCUACCCCGCCUUCCUGCACGCCAAUCUGCUGAGAGGAGCAGACCAGCUCCAGUACCUGCAGCACCUCCUCUACCUGCUCCCUCCCUGUAACUGUGACACCCUGCUGCGCCUCCUCACCUUGUUGCACACCGUGCAGAGCUUCGCCCAGGACAGCAUAGGAACCAACGACGAGGAGAUCCCUGGCAACAAGAUGACGGCUGCUAACCUGGCGGUGAUCUUCGGGCCGAACCUGCUGCAGAGGGAGAGAGGAGGAGACGUGAGUCUGCAGGCGAUGGGGAUCGAGGACAGCACGGCCAUCAUCAGCGUCACUCUGGUGCUGAUCCAGAACUACAGGAGGCUCUUCACGGUUACUGCAGAGGUGCAGCAGGAGGUCCUGAUGAGUCUGAUCCAGACCGACCCUGACAUCAUCGACUAUCUCCUGCGUAGGAAACUGAGCAGCAGCAAUCUGACGGUGGAGAGCAGCAGUGAGUCCGGGGGUCGCCGGGACACGGGGGCGUCCCUGGACUCCGUGGGGGCCUCCAGCGGCAGCCUGUCCCCACUGGAGCCCCCGUCACCUCUGUUCCCGCCCGACGGUAGCGGCGGCGAGGGCAGCCUGACCAGCGAGGUGUUCCUCAACGUGCUGAAGCUGAACCAGAACAGGAAGCGGCAGGAGACCAGAUACGGUGAGGUCCCUCCAGGUAAAUCCAUCCGCCACAUGCGUCAGUUCCACUCCCACCACAACCUGCUCAGCCUGUCCCAGCCCUCCUCCUCAUCGUGUUCCACCUCCCGGCUCCACGGUCAGGACCCCGACCCCCAGGACCGCAGGGGCCCGCUGGGUUCUGCACUGAGCUUCUCUCUGGGCGUCGGCGGCGGCAGCUGCUCCAGUCUGAGCGGGUCGACCGAGAGCAGCAUCUGGGUGAGACAGACGCCGCAGGAGGAGAGCAAACCGUCGCCCGCCACCAACUUCUGGGACUUCUUCACCGGGAAAGGCUCGAGCUCGGAGACGAUGGUAUGAUGAAGGGCGAGAAGAGAGGAGGAGCGUGAUGGGGAAAGAGCGUGAGUGUGCAGUCGUGCAACUUCCUGUCCGAGGUCAGAAAUCCUCCGAGAAAUUGGUCAAAGUUCCUGUUACAUUUCCAGAGACGUCUGAAUUUACAAACAAAAGAUAAGUAUAUUCCAGGAUUAUAAAUGCGUCAUGACGACUCUUGUUUUGAAAAAUCUCCAAAUUUCCUACUUGAACUUCCUGUAUAUGACUGUGUAGUUGGGACAAAGAAGAAAUGAAGAAAAACCAACAAAUGAAGGAUAAACUUUUUUCUUUUUUUUUUUUAAAGACUGUGGAUUGAUGUUGAAGAUGAAAACGUCCUCGGACAGAGUCACGGACAUCUGAGUCAAUAAAGAAACAAAACAAAAACAAAAUAAAUCUGUCAAUGAGAUUAUCUGGAGGUGGAUGCAGUAAUAAUUGCAAUGUAUAUAAACUGUACAUGAUGUAUUCCAUAAGUUUACAUACACAAAACUUUGUCUUUACUACCUAGAACUGUGUAACUAACUGUAGCUGCAUGGGCUCCACUAACCCUUCCUCUGUGUUUCCCCCUCAAAGAGCCACAUUUACUUUGAAUCGGAUUCACAAUUCAUCUUUCAGCUGUCCACAAUUAGCAACUAUGAAGAUCCAAAGUGUUCAAAAAUAUGAACGACUACAGACAAAACAUUUAACGCAGCCAUUCAAUUUCAAAUUUGAAAUCGGCUCGGAAAUUUUUGUGUGCAGUUUUUUUUCCCUAGGUCACAGGUUACAUUCACAUUCGAGUUUAAGUUUCAGCAAAGAGGGAUUUUGCAUUCUGACCUGAGAGGUUGGAUGCUGCAUUCAUGUCACAUGGGCAGUUUAACUUGUAAACAGCCUUCAUGUCCAUUUUGAAGUCCUAUUAACCAGUUUUCUGAAAACUCCACUACAUCCAUCUUAAUCCAGAAGUUUUGAGCCAAAGUCCUUUUUAAGAUUUAAUAAACCCAAAUUCAAUAAUGUAGCACUACACCGUCAGUGCACAGUAUUUUUAGCCCUCAUAUGACCAACUUUGCUAGUGCACAACCGUCCUGAGUCGUUACCAAAUUUUUGCAUCUCUACCAAGAAUCCCAUUUUCUGUGAACGCAGCAUUAAACUUCAGUAUUCUACAAGGUAAAAGAAAACCAUCUGAACCAGUGAUUUUCUGCAGCAUAACAACUUUUAUUCCUUAAAGAAAAAAGAGCUCAGAAUAAAGGAAAAUUUGAUCAUCUGUGCAACUCCAUCUAAUGAGGAAGCUCAUCUGUUGAGAGCUCCGGAGCAGCUACUAAAUAGGAUCUUAUGAGAACUUCUACGAAGGUGAAGAAUGACCUUAUUUCCCAUCAAGCUAAUCGUCUUACAGCAACGUGGAGGGGUCUGUGUUACAUGUAAAUGUAGUUUAACAGCACUUUAAUGGCCAUAUUUCAUUGUGAAGCAGCCAUUGAAAUGCUGUUGAAACAAAGGUUUUUCAUGCUACCUAGAUGUCUAAAACUCUUCUCAAUGAAAUGACGCCUGGUUUUUUAAAAAGGUAUCUCAGCAUGUGCAUGUGUCUUUGGAGCAUCUUUGUCACCGGGGUCCAGCCCCGUCCAGCAGCUAGAAAUCAUUUAGACUACAGGAAUAUCGUAUAGAAAUUCAGCUUUCAGGAGUGUUACCUUCCUUUCACCACAAGAGGGAGACAUCCGCUCAUAUAACCUGCAUAGAUUAAGUGUGUUAGGUUUGGGAAUAGUGCCAAACGGUAAGAAACUGUACAGAUGUUUUUGCCUCUGGCCUCUUUGUAGUAGAAAUCCACGAUGUUGUACAGAGAUUUUCCUACAUCCUAACGUUUGUAUUUCUUCACCACAAACACAGAAGUUGUCCCUCACCUCGGCAGGUGAAUGUAUCAUCUGUUCUUUUGGAUUUCCUUGUAGAGAAAACAAGACAUAUUUUGUCUUUUUUUGUUUGUUUGUUUGUUUGUUUUUUUGUCAGUGACACUUUUUCUAUAUCAUUGUAAAAUCCAUCAAAGUGUGUUAAGACCUAAACCGGAGAAUGUACCGCCUACCUGCAGAGAAUUAAAUGUCAAACUCGC